AUGACCCUAACCUCAAAGUUCAUGCUCGCCAUUCAUCGCGGUGACUCCCUCUCAGGCUCAAGCUUGGGUCCUUCCAUGACCCCGAGAUAAAAUAUAAUUGAGGAUGCCUGUCCAGUCGCUGCAAAACACAGAUGUGAUCGUUCCUCAACAUACGCCUCACCCACUCCUUCCGUUUCUUCAAUCCCAGUCACAAACCACGUUGACCCGCCUCUAUCAGCGCCCAUCGUCAUGUCUUUCAAUAUUUAGAUUGCUCGGGCCAAUCGAGCGGCAGCUGAUAAUGAAUCUACUUUGGCUAGAAAGUGCCCUCUCCGUAGCGACGAUAUCAGCUUGGGUCCUUCCUGAGGGAAAGGACGCGUACGAUUCCGCUCUCGCUGUCAUGACUGGACUGCACAUCGCCCAAAACUCGGCUGUCAAAUUAGCGCUAAACCCUACUUUCAAAUCUAGCUUGAGGCAAGCUAUCACAGGAGGAGGUAGCACGGGAAGUUUUGGAGUUCCUACUGACAAGGACGGUAAACGACAGUCAGCGAACAUUGAAAACUUAGACGCAUACGCGCUCGAACGAUGGGAGACCAUUCUUCACUACAUGGUGUCGUCUGGUCAAGGUCAAAAUCCCACCAAGCCUUCCCAAGGAGUCUUGUACUUGCUUCAACGGAGUGGUUUGAUGAACAACGCUCACGGUCCAGCUCUACAAAUCACUUCUUCGGGUUUCCAGUUCCUUCUUCACUCACCUCAUGAUCAACUUUGGAAUCUACUAUUACAGUACUUGCACAUGGCAGAGGAGAGGCAAAUGGACCUCGUGGAAGUGCUUAGCUUUCUAUUCAUGCUGUCGACCAUGGAUCUUGGUCGGGAAUAUUCGACAGAACCCUUGAGCGAAACGCAGAAAGCAAUGCUUGAAGACCUUCGAGACUAUGGGCUGGUGUGGCAACGCAAGACGUCAUCAAAACGUUUUAGUCCCACACGAUUAGCAACAACUUUGACUUCGUCGUCACCUCCUUUACCAAGCUCACAUUCUACUGGUGGGUCUCAUACGGCGGACGGUACAGGGGCGGUUGCUCUCAGUUCAGGGGCCGCGCAACAAGGCUUCAUUGUUCUAGAAACUAAUUAUAGGAUAUAUGCGUAUACAGACAACCCCUUGCAAACGGCUGUCCUUAAUUUGUUCAUCACGAUGAAAUACCGUUUUCCGAACUUGGUUGUGGGAAUGCUUACGCGUGAAAGUGUACGCAAGGCACUGGGCAACGGAAUCUCGGCUGACCAGAUCAUUAGCUACCUAACGACACACGCACAUCCACAGAUGCGCAAGAACAACCCCCUUUUACCUGUGACUGUACAGGACCAGAUAAGGCUCUGGGAGCUUGAGAGGAAUCGGCUGAAAUCUGCAGAAGGUUAUCUGUACAAAGACUUCGCAUCGCAAGCCGAUUAUGAAUACGUGCUAGCGUAUGCGAAGCAGCUAGAUGUUGUGCUUUGGGAGAAUGCGAGCAAGCGAUGCUUCUUCGGUACUCUUGAAGGACAUGCUAACGUCAGAGGAUUCAUCGAGAGACGGACAGGAUCAGUUUAGAGUCAUCAAUUGUGGCGCUUAUUACGUUUAGUGGUGUCAGAUACCACGACAAAUGUAUUGCGUUUGAUGUGUUCAUGGAUUUAA